AUGAAUGGCGAACUUACCGAUAAAUAUGUAGAGCGGGAAACAUUGCUCGACGAAGAUCUACGUAAAGAUCUUAUUUCCAUAGCCGUAGAGAAGCAUAUUCCUGUGGAAACUGGCUAUACAUUAUGCGCAGAUGAUUUCUAUGAAGGUCAGUUCUGA